AAUGACUUCGUUGGUCUAACAUUAAAAGACAAUCGGAACAAUAUAUUCCAACUGUCCUAAAUAUUACGUAUACGUAAAUAAAAUAUUUCAGACAACAGUAUAUUCAUGUUAAGAGCGAAUCAGGCUGACAUCAGGGUUAUUUUGAGCUGCACGAGCAGGCGGUAAUAAAAUAAGGGAGCCAAUGGUGGGGGAAGGGGUGGCUUAAUCCUUGUCAUGUUGCUCGUUGCAGUCUUCGUUUCAUUCUGCUGUAUGUGAAUAUAUGCAUUUUUAUACUGUCCUCGAGGCUUGCUGUUUUUGUUUCGAGUAAAUAUUACAAUCUCAUCCAAGUCGAUUUAACGAGCCUGGUGCUGAAGGACAGCUCCGUGUCUUCCACCCGGCCUCUGCGGAGGAAUGAAUGAAUGAGCAAGCGGCGCUACGCAGCCUGCGACAAGUCGAUCUACAGCCCCUCGGAGCAGUCGGGCGGCGUGGUUCAGUCUUUUUAACAGAACAAAGUUAUGCAGUUUAACAUGCUCAGAUUAAGACUCCUCAACUCCAUUGCCCCAGCUUAUUUCUUCACUGCCACUGUGGUUACCAUCAUCCUGCAUUUCUGCUUCUUCAUUCCUACCAUUUUCGACAGGAGCCCUGCCACCUUGCUCCACAUCAUUCUUUUCCUCUUCUUGGUGGUCAAUGCCCUUGGGAAUUACACAAUGACCAUCUGCUACCCAGCUGAGAGUGCACAGGGUGAAGUGACACCUCCUGUGUGUGCACCAGAUUGCCCUGACAGAGUAGACGCUCACUACCUCUUCAACGGACGACACUUCUGCAAACUUUGUAAGAAAGUUAUCCUAAGGCGGGAUCACCACUGCUUCUUCACAGGGAAUUGUAUUGGAAAUCGAAACAUGCGCUACUUCAUCAUGUUCUGCAUCUACACCUCUGGGACGUGCCUGUAUUCACUGGUGCUUGGGGUGGCCUACCUGACUGUGGAGUACUCCCUGUCCUUUGAGAACCCUCUCACCUUCCUCACACUUCUUCCCCUCUCCAUAGGCUACUUCUUUUUAGGAGCCAUCCCAGGCCUGCAGUUCUUCCUGGUCCUCAUGCUCUAUGUAUGGCUGGGGAUAGGACUGACCUGUGCUGGGUUUUGUUGCCAGCAGAUCCUGUUGGUGGCGCGAGGUCAGACAUGGUGCCAGAUGAGAAAAGGCCAAGUGGUCCAAACCCGGAACAGCUGGAGGAGUAAUCUGAGUGAUGUGUUUGGGAGGCGCUGGUUGCUUGGCUUUGUUGUUCCUUUGCAAACAGCCGAGUUUACACAGGAUGAAACUGCUGACAAAAGAGACUAACUAGAAAACAAACUGGUUCUGUCUUAAAGCUGUCAGUGCCAGAGCAAGGAUUGCCAAUAGUUUUCCCCAACAAGAAUUAAAAAAAAUAUUAAUGUAAAUAAGAAGACCGUAGUGCCCACCCUUAGGUGGGCAGUACAUAACUGAACAUAGACGUAUGACACUGUGAGGGGAUCCAGUUCUGACUGGGUGUCCUGAGGGAUACUGGUGCAUAUACCAGUCCCAUAUGCCCAUUUACAUUAAACACUUUUACAGGUAAGGGAUAACUUGGAAGAAAUUUGCAGUUCCACAUUGCCAAAAUAUGGGAAAUUGAGGGAGAGCGUAAAUGAUCAUUUAAGGUAUCCGUUUCUCCAUAUAGCAUACAGAUAUAAAAAUGUGGUGGAGAAACAAACUAAACAUUAAAAAAAAAACAAAAAAAAAACUGCACAAGCACAUCUCACAAAGUCCUGUCCUCCAUUAGCCAGGAGCUGACCUGCAUCUUACUGGAUAAAUGAGUAUCAGCUCUUAGGCUACAGUACUGGUUUAGACUCACAAACCCAGUUAUUUAGACCAAGCAAAGUUAGACUUUCCUUUUCAAAUUAACAGUAUGUCUUUGGGCUGUGAGAGCAAACUCACAGAAACAAGGGUAAGAGCAACUUGCACAUAGAACGACUUGAAGUGAAGCCCUGCUUCUAUCUGGCAGACAAAAACAAA